GUUAGGAGUCAGCUCCCUGCUCAGUGUUUGCUCCGUGGUUUUUCGGAUCCGCGGAGAAGCGUUGGGUGCAGCGUUCGCCGGAUUGAAUAUUUACGAGUUCUGAGGGCGGUAGUGUCUCCAAGAAAUAGCAAUGCACAGCACAAUGUCUUUUGAAAGUGAAGACACUGAACAGACCAUUACUUGUCUCAAUAUCAAUGUCUAUCACCCCCAGGCAACAGUAUUUACAUCUCUGAAUUAUGCUGGCAAACAGAAAUACCGAGUGGAGGAAAUGGUAAUGUUUGGCCGUGAUUCCAAAGUGUGUCAUUUUCCUCUAAUGGACAAACGUGCCUCUCGAAUGCAGUUUAUUAUUCAAGCUUUUCGACACAGUGAGAGCUCAGAACUCUGUUUUGAAAUAAAAAAUACAAGCUUGAAGAGUAAAUUAUCUGUCAAUAAUAUAAGUCUGGAUCACCUUAAUAAGAUUGAUUUACCAAGGAAAUGUAUUUUGCGAUUUGGGGAAUACCAAUUCUAUCUGGAAAAAGAUGAUGGAGAAGAUAGAGAACACUUUGAAAUCUUCAUCAAACUUUCCCUAGUUCCAUUUUGUCAAGAGGUCAGUAUGGAGACCCUAACACGCCCUGUACCUGAAAUUGGCGCUUUAAAGUUCAUGGACAUUCCAGUUCCUCAAUACCAAUUUCAGACUGCAGUGGAGAGUGAUGAAAAUGAAAUUAAAUAAAGUAAUGCCUUAUGAUUACUUGCUAAUCGGCAUGAAUAGAAAAUUUGAGCCUUUCUUUAAGUGCUGUCCAGAUAUACAGUGAUUUAUGGGCAGGGAGAUGUAACCUGACAAGUAAAGUGUUUACUUAUAGAAGAAUGAUGAGACCGAAUAAAUGAACUCAAUUAUUGUCCAUUCUGAUCUAUGCUGAAUACGUUAACAAUCCUUGUCUAUUUCUGUGUAAAGUCAUUGCUGACAUUGUUUAUCCAGCAUGGAAACUAUUCCUUUUUGCUGGUUGAAUUAUUGUAUUUACAUUUUUAUCCAAUAUUCUGGAAUGUAUUGGCUGGAUUUUGGGAUCAGACUCAAAUUAACCACCCCAAAAUAUUUUUGUGUGAAUGGUUUGUUAUUAGUGAUUAAUUAGUACAAGUUCUCACUCAUUCUGUACCUAUUUGAUUAUGCAAGUCACAAUUAAAGUUGCAACGCAUUUCAACAGUAUAAACAUAGCAUGAGUUUUACUGCAACUUCCAGAUUUACUUGUUAGCCAUGUGUACACUAUAUAAUUGGUAAACCCCCAGUAUGUGCAACAUUGGUAAUUGUGGAAAACAUUUGCAUUGUAAAAUAGAACAGUUAGAAUCUUGAAAUCUUAUGA